AUGAAUUGGAAUAAUAUUAUCCACACAAUAAUCUUUCUUUCUCUUACUGGACCUGGAAUUCUGGGAAAUACCCUAAUACUUGUGAGACAUGUCUACAUGCCUGCCUUGGGGACUAAGAAGCCUGUCGACCUUAUUAUCGUGCAUUUGGCAUUUUCUAAUAUGAUCACUAUUUGUACAACAGGGAUUAGAGACACAGCCACAGUGUUUUAUUUCAGAAAUUUCUUAAGAGAUAUUGGCUGUAAAGCAGUGGUCUUUCUGACAAGGAUGGCACGGGGCCUUUCCAUCUGCACCACCUGUCUCCUCAGUGUGCUCCAAGCAGUCACCAUCAGUCCCAGGAUCACCCUUUGGACAAAGCUCAAACCACAAACAGUAUGCCAAGUUCUUCCCUUUAUCUUUGUCUUUUGGAUCAUUAAUGUUCUCAUAAGCUCUAACUUGCUCUCCUACAUCAAAGCAGGCAGUGACUUGAACAGGUCUGUAGCUGCAACAUUCAUUGGCCACUGCUAUAUGCCUCCACCCAGACACAUCAUCAAGUGGCUUUUCCUCUCUCUCAUGACUCUUCGUGAUGUCAUCUUUCAGAGUCUGAUGGGCUGGAGCAGUGGGUCCAUGGCUCUCCAUCUGUAUAAGCACCACAAGCAGGUCCUCUACCUUUACAGCUCCAGGUCGGCAAACAACUCCCCUCCAGAAAUCAGAGCUACACAGAGUGUUCUCAUUCUUAUGACCUGUUUUCUUUUCUUCUACUGGGUAGAUUUAAUUAUCUCUUUUUACCAAGGUUUCACAGUGACACAUGAGCCAAUUUUACUAAAUAUUAAAUUAUUUUUAGAACUUGGUUAUGCUAGUUUCAGCCCCUACAUUCUGAUUAGCCGAGAUGUCCAUCCUCCUAAUGUCUUGCAUGCCCACUAA